AUGCCUCUUGUUUAUGAUCGUCUGGCCAAGUCGGAUCGAGGCAGGCGUUGGGCGCAAGAGAUGUGCGAACGUCAACAACGCCUUGCGUACAUCCAGCUCCAGCGUGUCGAAUCUGCUGCGGUGAAGCCAUGCUGCGCGCCGCCACAGCUCGUCUCUCAUCUCACUGCCAUUGGCACUGCGCGUCCAGUCUUUGGCGGGCAGGCAUGUGACAGGGCGAUUGGACAUGACCAACCGAGCUCGAGCCGGCGUCCUGCGCAAUUCCGUGGUGCUGGGAUGGGUAGUGUUGACGACGGCUCGAGCCUUCCGGAUCUGCAGGGCCGCGUGCCGUGCAGCGCAUUUGCCUGUCCGAGUGCUGGUCGCGAGUACAUGCAGAGGUGUACAUGUAAUCCCGCUGUGCUGCCAGCGCGAGGCCCACGGCAGGACGUGUUGUUAUUGCUGUCGACAGCAGACACACGGCCGCGCGCAGAUUGGUAUCCAUCCUCGUCCAUCACCGAUGAUAGCAGCGUGACCUCGUACUCCCGCGCACGCCCACGUACACACGACGGCUAG